GAAACACCUUAUAAAUAUUUUUAUAAAAUAUGAAGAUAUCGAUUUCUCCAUGAUCCAUCCAUUUCUUCAUGAUGUUUUCUAAUAAUUAAAGAUAACCGAGAGAAAAUGAGUGCAGUGUUAAAACUGCUAUGGCGUCAACAAAUAGCAGUAAGAGAAUGAAAUUUCCUAAAAAUAUGGACUCUCCUUCUUCUGACACGGAUUCCGAAGUAGAAAAAAGAAAAGCUAUUAAACGCAAGGCCAAUUGUAUGAGUGACAUAAAAAAAAAUAUUUUGGAAGCAAAAUUGUCAAAAAUAGUUACUUCUGUAAGUAAACCUACCAUAACAUUUACAAAACCAAAAAUACUUGAGGCUCAACCUCAAAAAGCAAUGUCAAAACAUCAUGAUAUAGGGAAUGAACAAUCUGAAAGCUUAGAUGUAGAUGGUACUUCUCAAAAUGUAAAUUUCAGAUCAUGUAAGAAAUCAGAUAAAGAAAACGCUUUGAAUUUUUUAAAUAAUAUUCGACGUGAUACUCCUUCAACACAUGAAGCUGCCAACAAUUUUAAAAAUCUAAUAAGGAAUGUCAAAAUAAUGAUAUAAACAAACUGAAACGUAUAUUGAAGGAAAAAGAGAUAGAAUUGAAAAAAUGUAAAAAUGAAAUAAUAAAAAUAAAGCAACAACUAAAGGAUGAGAUUAAUCAGAAAAAUGAUUUACUUAUAUUAAAUAUGGAACUGCAAAGAACGGUCAUAGGACAAUUUUCAAAUUUAAAUUCAAAUCUAAAAGAACUGACGUCUGAGGUUGUAGAAGCAGCAAAUAUGACUGGAAAGGAAUGCGCGGACAGAAUUGGUUCCAUUAAAGAGAAUGAGAUACAUCUUGGUCGAAACGUGUGGAUAAAAAAAUGGUCUAUGACGCAAUCAAGGGGAAGUCCCGGAUAACACCAGCUCUAUUUGUUAAGGAAAUGGCAUUGGCUGUCUUUGGAGCAAACACACUUUUAGUUAGCACAAUAACUGGCAAUACUUCAAACCGAUCAAAAAGUAAAAAGAUCACUAAUGCAGAACAGGAAAUUUUGAAAUUAGAUCCAGUUAAAUUGAUGGCUAUUAGAGAUAUAACGUUUCACUGGAUGACAAUAGAAUUAAAGAAAGAUGCAUCUGCAGCAGAAAUGGAAAGAUUGAAAGUUAGUAAAUAUAUUUCACAUAAAUUAAGUGAAUUAAAACGAACUAUUAACAAAACCCAAGGAUCUGUUGAUAUUGCAGAUAAUGAUACAGCUGAAAAAGAAGUAAACGGAAACAAUGUUACUAAUACCCAUAUAGGAACUGAUGUGAUAACUGAUGAGAUAACCAGCGAGAUAACUGAUGAGAUAACCAACGAGAUAACUGAUAAGAUAACUGAGACAGAUGAUAAUUACAGUUAUAUUGACAGCGACGAUGAAUAUCAAAGUAGUAGUGAAGCUGACAGAAACAUUGAAAAUGGCAGUGAUAAAGAUAAUAAAGAUAACAACAGCGAUAUCUUCAGUGUCGCUGACGAUAAUGAUUUGAUCAGCAGAAACGAAUUUAACAUUAAUGAAAAUAACGUCGAUCCCCUUUUUAUUGAUCCUGUAAAUAUGGACAGCAAUAUUUUUUAA